AUGUCGACCACUAUCACUGCCAGCGCAUAUGAUAUCAGUACCAACCUCAAAGCCUCUCUAGCACAGAUUCGGAAUACCACAAAUCUUUCGACGUGGACGCUUGUUCUGGCUACGGUUCUCACUGUUGGCGUAUGGCUUCGUCUCUCCCGGCAAAAUGAUUCAAAGAAGAACCUUGGAUAUUCUAGUGGGCGGGCUGUAGGGAAUGGAACCAGCGCUGAGAUUCUUAAACCCCUGCAAGUACGGGUUUCGCGUAUCCUUAUUCAUCCCAUCAAGAGUUGCAGAGGGAUCUCUGUGCAGAAGGCGCUCUAUACCCCCGAAGGGAUGGAGUUUGACAGACUAUGGGCGAUCAUAGAUACUGCAAAGCAGGCAAUUAUCACCGCUCGUGAAGUCCCCAAGAUGGUGUUGAUCACUCCCCAGAUAGAAAGGGAUGAUUCAUCGCCACAUUUGGGUCGUCUCGUCGUCUCGGUUCCAUUGGCCAGUGGAACUGAGACGUUUUCCAUCCCGCUUCGUCCCAGCGAAGAUAUUCUUCGCGGCUGGGAAGUUCUUCCGCAGAUCAGAAUCUUUCCAAACCAAGGGCCCGUAGACGGCUAUAUCUGCAAUUCGCUCGAAGGAAGGACUCCGUCGGAUGUGUUGAGCGAUUACUUUGGAAAGCCGGUUCAGCUGGUGUACAAGGGUCCUCGUACCAGGCACAGCGAUCCCACGGUCGAAUUCCCGAACCUUAAGGCAACUGCGAAGUAUCAAGACAUGUAUCCUCUCCUAGUCCUGUCGGAGGAAAGCACGUCCGUCGUGGACCAGCACAUCCGCAAUCAUGUGGGCACUCAGGGAAUUGAUGAACGGUGGAAGACUGACACGGUGGUCAUUGAAAGAUUCAGGCCUAAUAUCGUUUUCUCUGGAGGAGGGCCUUUUGCUGAAGAUAAUUGGGAAGAAAUAUCUAUCGGAACCGAGGAUGCUCCUACAAUAACCCUUGUCUCGAAAUGUACUCGCUGCCUCUUACCCAACGUGAGCCCGGAAACGGGUGAACGCGACGCUGCAGUCCCUUACAAAGUCUUGAUGAAGUUCAGGACUGGUUUGGACCCGAAGCAAAAGCUGAAGCCAUGCGUAGGUUGCAACGCCGUUCCAGGUGGGAACGGGGUCGUCUCUGUCGGCGAUUGGGUGUUUGUCAAGAAGGUUUCGAAGCCAUUGGUAACAUGAGGUGAUGAAUAGACCAAAAUCCUGAACCAUAGUUGAUUGGGAUGUAGACUCUACCGCUGAUAUGGGGAUAGAAUCUUGUAGAAUCUGAUAUGAAACGCCCGGACUAGGCACACGUUUU